AUGGACCCAGGCACCAGCACCCAGUAUUUCUGGACCACUGAGGCCCAAGGGGAACCCGCAGAUGCAGCUGCUGGACAUGAGUUCUGUGACAAGUUCGCCAAGACCGAGACUGCGAAUUUGACCAAGAAAACACCUGCAGAGAAGAGGCAGAGGAACAGAUCUUCAUCCCUGCCCCAGAGGAACAUUGUGGGGUGUAGAAUUUCCCACAAGUGGAAGGAAGGGGAUGGGCCCAUCACCCAUUGGAGAGGAACGGUUCUCCAUCAGGUUCCUCUAAAUCCCCCUCUCUAUCUUGUAAAAUACGAUGGAAUUGAUUGCGUCUAUGGGCUGGAACUUCACCAAGAUGCAAGAGUGUUGUCCCUUAAGGUGCUCUCUGAUACAAUAAAACCAUCCCCAGUCCCUGAUCCUAACUUUGCAGAUACAAUAAUUGGCAAACCGGUGGAGCACUUAUUUGAGGGUGAGCAUGGUGUAAAAGAUAUUUGGAGGGGGAUGGUUCUGGCCCAAGCUCCUAUACUUAAUGCCUGGUUUUACAUUACCUAUGUGAAUGAUCCCAUCUUAUACAUGUACCAGCUUCUGGAUGAUUAUAAAGAGGGCAACCUUCGUAUCUUGCCAGAGUACGAUGAGAAUCCUCGACCAGAUUUAAACCUGAUAUUUAAGGAUGGUCUGAUAGGCAAGAUUGUGGAAUAUACCCAAGACGACGGUUCUAAAAGGACCGGGAAGGUGAUUGGUGAAGUAGAAGCCAAACCAUCGGUGUACUUGAUGAAAUUUAACGAUGAUUUUCAUAUCCAUGUCUAUGACUUAGUGAAAUAUAUCUAA